UGUGCACUGGCCGCAGUUGUUAAGAAGUCGUUAUGGAACCCACUGCUGCCUAAGACCUGGGCGGAGGGGCGGGCCCGGGUUGCGGUGGCCAGCGGAGCGGCGAGGGCGGAGCAGCUGCUGGGCCAGCACUGGAGAGCCGCGGCGAUCAGCGUCGCCCCGCCUCCCAAGGGGGUACUGGCCCCCACCCUUGGCCUGGACCCGCAGCGCUUCUGCCUGGCCACCCCGUGUCCUGCGUCCGGUGCCGGACCGUUGGGUGGACCCAGUGUGCGGCCUGCGGUCUGACAGCCCUCUCUGCCUCGCUUCUAUCCCCCUUUACGGCUCUCUGAACAGCUGCUGGAACGCUGACGUGGAGUAGCUGCCCACUCCAGAACCCCCAUGGAGAAGUUUGGAAUGAAUUUUGGGGGCGGCCCGAGCAAGAAGGACCUGCUGGAGACCAUAGAGACCCAGAAGAAGCAGCUUCUCCAGUACCAGGCACGGCUCAAGGAUGUGGUCCGUGCUUACAAAAGCCUGCUGAAAGAGAAGGAAGCCCUAGAGGCCAGCAUCAAGGUACUGUCUGUAUCCCACGAGGCGGAUGUGGGUCUCACAGGUGUGCAGCCUCCAGGUCUCACCCUUCCUGACUCAGUGGAUGACCGAUGCUCCACACACAGCGAGGAUAGCACCGGGACCGCCACUAGCCUGGAUACUGCAGCCAGUCUCACCAGCACCAAGGGUGAGUUUGGGGUAGAAGACGAUAGAGUGGUCCGUGGACCAUUACCUCCAAAGUCCGAAGAGGCCAGUGGAUCAGAGAGUGGGGUAAGCAGCAGCAGUGGGGAUGGGCCAUCUGCGGGUGGUGAAAUGGACAAAAGAUUACAUCAGCUGAAGACUCAGUUGGCUACUUUGACCAGCUCCUUGGCUACAGUCACCCAAGAGAAGUCCCGUAUGGAGGCCUCUUACCUGGCUGACAAGAAGAAGAUGAAACAGGACUUGGAGGAUGCCAAUAAGAAGGCAGAGGAAGAGCGGGGCCGUCUGGAGGGAGAAUUGAAGGGGCUGCAGGAGCAGAUAACAGAAACCAAAGCCCGACUUAUCACACAACAGCAUGAUCGGGCACAGGAGCAAAGUGACCAUGCCUUGAUGCUCCGUGAGCUCCAGAAACUGUUGCAGGAGGAGAGGACCCAGCGCCAGGACGUAGAGCUUCGGUUAGAAGAGACCAGAGAAGCCCUGGCAGGGCGAGCAUAUGCAGCUGAUCAGAUAGAAGGGUUUGAAUUGCAGACCAAGCAGCUGACCCGUGAGGUAGAGGAGCUGAAAGGUGAGCUGCAGGCCAUUCGAGAGGAGAAGAACCGGCCGGAUCCCCGGCUACAGGAGCUUCAGGAAGAGGCUGUCCGUCUUAAAAGCCAUUUCCAGGCCCAGUUGCAACAGGAAAUGAGGAAGACAGCCCUUGCAGAGGACCAGCUGCGCCAGCAUUCUCAGAUAGAAGAGCAAAGGGUAGCAGCCCUAGAGAAUCAAAUAUCUGAGGUGUCUGAACUACUGGGCACCUAUGAGAAAGCCAAGCAGAAGGACCAGCUGGCCAUCCAGAAGCUGAAGGAGCGCAUCCUACAGCUGGACCUGGAGAACAAGACACUGGCUCUUGCAGCCUCCAGCCGGUCCCCUCUCGACAGUUAUGGAGAUGAGUCCAGUCUGGAUGUUAAUGUCUUGAAGGAUAAGAUGGAGAAGCUCAAGAGGCUGCUGCAGGUGGCAGCUAGGAAAAGCCAGGUGACCCUGGAUGUGGAGAAGCUCUGUGACUCUGAGAUAAUGCACAGUUCUGAGGCUGCAGAUGGGGAAAAGGCUACUGCACUCUACUACCAGCAGGAGCUGAAACAGCUGAAGGAAGAGUUUGAGCGCUACAAGGUGAGAGCCCAGGUUGUACUCAAGAGUAAGAAUACCAAGGAUGGGAACCUGGCCAAGGAGCUGGAGGCCGCGCAGGAACAGCUUGCAGAGCUGAAGGAGAAGUACAUCUCCUUGCGGCUAUCCUGUGAGGAGCUUGAGCGCCAGCACCAGCAGGAGGCUGAGGACUGGAAGCAAGAGCUUGCCCGGCUGCAGCACCUCCACCGGCAGGAACUGGAGCGCAGCCAGGUGGACUUCCGGGACCGCACACUGAAACUAGAGGAGGAGCUGCACAAGCAGCGAGACCGGGCCCUGGCUGUGCUUGCGGAGAAGGACUUGGAGCUGGAGCAACUGCGUUCUGUGGCCUUGUCCUCUGGGCUGCCAGGACACAGAAGCCCCGUGGGUGGCAUGGGUGGUGGAGGUCCAGGGGACCCUAUUGACCCAUCUUCCUCAGAUAGCCUAACCCAAGCACUGCAGCUUGCUGCAGCCAGCGAACCCACUUUCUUUCUGUAUGCUGAGCAGUUGGCCCGCAAGGAAGUGGAGAUCACAUCCUUGAGGAAGCAGAAACACAGGCUGGAGGUAGAGGCCCAUCAGCUGCAAGAAAAACUGCUGGAGGAGGGGGAGCGGCAUCGUGAGGAAGUUGGAGUCCUGCAGAGCCACAUCGAAAAGAACAUCAGGGACCAGAGUAGGGAGGGAGCCAACCUGGAGUAUCUCAAAAACAUUAUCUACCGCUUCCUGACCUUGCCAGACAGCCUCGGUCGCCAGCAGACACUCACAGCUAUACUGACUAUCUUACACUUCAGUCCUGAGGAGAAAAAAGUGAUAAUGAGGCUCCCAAGUGGUGGGAGCUGGUGGCCUUCUGGCAAGAGAUGAUACCUUUUCACUGACUUCUGAAAUCUCUGUGCCUCUUUUAUGCGGGAAGGGCAAGCUCUGAUUUCUGCUGCUUCUCUUACAUUCUCAUUUAUUUCUUCACUAUGUUGAGUUCAGAGCAGUUCAAAGUGGGAUGGGAUUUUCUGCCAAGUGCCAUUAAUGCUACUUUAUCCUUGGAUUCUAGGGAUGCUGCAAGUGUUGGGACAGCAUCUUCUGGUGGUGUGUAUGUGGAGAGAGUUGGGACUGAGAGGUACAAAAGCUAAGGAAGUGGUGAGAAUCUCUAAAAAUAAGAUAUUUUAAUAUUAUGCUCCUAGCCCAGAGCUGGGACUAAAUGUGACUCCCAGAGGAGUACAUCUAAGUUCUGAAUAUGCACAAUGACUGUGUAUUUAUUCCAUCUCAUCUCAGUCUGAGUCUGGUCCACUUUUGCCCCAAUUCUCUGGGGACAUCAAGCCAAACUGGAAGGAGACCAUAAAGUUGGAAAUAGUGUCAGGUUGUCCAGUUACCCACUAGUCCAGAGGGCUGUGGAAUGGUGAGUUCAUCCUGGAACUAGGAACUUUGGUUCUAGGGAAGCAGCCUACCACUUGUUGCCAUCCUAGAGAGGGUCUUCGGCACCACUGUGAUCUUAGAGAUUUCUUAAGUGAUCAGAUUUGGGCCAGGACAGGAUUAAAAAUAAACCUCUCUUGCUUAACCUAGCUGCCUAAGGUGGCCUGAGAUUGUGAGUGGAUGACUUUACUAUCUUUCCCUUAGAGUUGAAUUUUUAUUAAAUGAAAUCCUAGCUUCUUACAGAGAAGCAUUCGAACUGUAAGUUCUGAUUCUUCUGGGAUACAAGGAGUGCCUGCUGAGAUUUGUUCUCAGCUGUUUUUGCUUUUUCAGUGCAGGAAAGGAGAUUUGCUGCAUAGGAUUCCAAAAGAUGGUUGUGAUCCUUGCAGGAAAAAGUGGUGGAAGUUCGGCUGAAAUACUUUCUGCCCUGUGGAUCUUGGCAGCAGAUUAAUUUUACUCUUUAAAGAAAGAUAACUCUGGGAAAAUUUGGGUCAAAACAGUAUCAGUUGCCCCAUUCUUUUCUUUCAAUAUGCUCUUCCUGGUUAUAAAGACCUUUUGACCUGAAAAAUCAGUGAUUGGCCACUAAUUGAUCCGAUGUGUAUCUUUUUGUUAUUUUGUUACACAGGUCUGUUUUGUGAAGGUUUGAGGAUGCAGAUUAACAGUGUUUUGGAUGGGAGGCCAGGUAACCUUAUUAUCUAUAUGAGCAGACAGACUUAAAUGGAACAAAAGUCAUGUCUUUCAAUGCAAUAAUAAUAAUCAUUAAACCUGAUCUGUAUUUCUUAAUGGUAUCUAUACAUCUGGACCCAAGUAGAGUAUGAAUGUAAAAUGGUGAAUGAAAGGGCUGGAUGUAUUUCAUUGUAUUGAUCUGUGUACUUGAAUCCAUAUUCCAUUAUGUUAAUCCAUGAGUUUGACUCCAGGGAGGAAUACCUCAGUGCUUUAACUGCCUCAGUUAGAACACAAAUUUAUUAGCUUGAAAUUGUGUAUGUAUGUGUGUGUGGGCAGCCACAAUGGAAAAAGCUUUCUAAUUGAUUUAGUGGGUAGGCUUUAUAUUUCCAUAAUUACCACUUCAAACUCUAGAAGUAAGCUGUUUAAAAAUGCUUCAUUAUCCUUAAAUUCAGGAUUGAUGGUGUCCUGGAAAAUUAUCCUAGGACAUCAAGCUAAUAAUAGACUUCCUUCAUUUCCUUACCUUACUCACUGUAAAUGUAGGCUAUCUUGUGAUUGCUGUUAUUUCUAGGUGGUUCUGGGCAGGAUAGAAAAAUAUAUAGUUACAGUUGCUUUUCCAGAACUAGUAAUUGAUGUGUUUAAAAUUUUGAAAAGUUGUGUGAGAGUUUCAUAUAUUUAUGUAAUGAAUUCUAGUCAUUUUCACUCUCCAAACCCCCAUCUAUUCCCAUCUCUCUCCCCUUGGAGUCCUUCUUAACAAGUCCCUUUCUCCUUUCAUGUUUUCUUUUUGUGUGUUACCCACUGAGUUUAAUAGAGUUUCUUGCUUGAAUACUUUGGUGGCCAGUUGGGGCUUCUGCAUUAACAGCCACCUGCUGCAAUAAGAAGCUUCUCGAUGAUGUCUGGGCUCGGGAGUAAUAAAUGGGUAUGAACAUGAGUAUUUAGAAGGCAGACAAUAUGACCAUUGGACAAAACAAUACAAAGCUGUAGGUUUCCCCUGGGGCCUGUGAUUCGCCUUACAGGUUCUUGAGGAGGUUUACAGGACCUGGCAUGAAUUCCUUCCCGUGGAGCAGUCCUCAAAUCUAAAGUGCUUGGUUACUCCCAUAGCAGUCAUGCCUCGAUCACACUGGAGGGCAUAUCUUGCCUGGCACGUCAUUAUUGUCUCACAGGUAUGAUUGUUGAUGAGUUUUCUCUUCCAGCAGCACCUUCUAGUACUGGGAACUUGUGGAAAGAUGCCUUAUACCUGGUACUGAGGUUUUCAUUUAAUAACCAUGGCUUCUGGGAGGAGCAUUAUCCAUCCAUGGGAGGGUGCCUCCAUUCAAACUCUUUUUUAAAAAUUACAUAUUUUAAUAAAUUUAUAAAAUGGUA